GCUGCAGAGCAUGGGCACGAGGCGGUGGUAAAGCUGCUGCUAGAGAAAGGCGCUGAGCUAGAGACCAAAGACAAGGAUUAUGGUCGAACACCGCUGUCAUGGGCUGCAGAGAAUGGGCACGAGACGGUAGUAAAGCUGCUGCUAGAGAAAGGCGCUGAGCUGGAGACCAAAGACAAGGAUUAUGGUCGAACACCGCUAUUAUGGGCUGCAGAGAGGGGGCACGAGGCGGUGGUAAAGCUGCUGCUAGAGAAAGGUGCCCAGCUAGAGACCAAAGACGAGUUUGUUGGUCGAAUACCGCUGUCAUGCGCUGCAGAGAAGGGGCACGAGGCGGUGGUGAAGUUGCUG